UCAUCUUCUCUCACAACAAAAUUUGCCAAUUGCCAUUUCAAUCUUUCUUCAACGUUUCCAUCAUACACAGAUCCCAAUCCUCUCUCAAACCCUAAUUUCCCCUCAUUUCCAUGGCCACAGAAGAGCCCACUGUCGCGGUGGAACCCGCUCCCGAACCUGCCUCCGCCGAUCCUCCCCCGGAGGAGAAGGAGGAGACCAAACCUGAAGCCAAGGCUAAGAAAACCAAGGAGCCCAAACCUAAAAAGGUUUCCAGACCUCGCAACCCUCCCACUCAUCCUUCAUACGAAGAGAUGGUUAAAGAUGCAAUUACCUCGCUGAAGGAGAAAACCGGUUCGAGCCAAUACGCGAUUGCGAAGUUCAUCGAGGAGAAGCACAAGCAGCUUCCACCGAACUUCAAGAAGCUUCUUCUCUACCAUUUGAAGAAGCUCGUCGCCGCCGGAAAACUCGUCAAAGUCAAAGGCUCGUUCAAGCUCCCACCUACCAGACCUGCUGCAUCUUCUUCUUCUUCUUCUUCGCCGGCAAAGAAGAAAAAGCCCGCAGCUGCCAAGUCCAAGCCUAAGCCUAAGCCCAAGCCCGCUGCGAAAGCCAAGGAUACUAAGGCAACUAAAUCGAAGGCACCAGCUAAGCCCAAGCCAGCUACUAAGCCUAAAGCCAAAGCUCCAGCCAAGGCCAAACCCGCUGCUAAACCAAAGGCUUCUGCUGCUGCCAAGCCCAAGCCUGCUGCCGCCAAGCCCAAAGCCGCUAAACCAGCUGCCAAGUCCAAGCCUGCUGCUAAAACAAAGGCUGUUCCUGCCAAGCCCGCGGCAAAGCCCAAAGCCAAGCCCGUCAAGGCUUCAAGGACGUCGACGAGGACUUCACCAGGGAAGAAAGCAGCUCCUGCUGCUAAGCCCGCGGCGAAGAAAGUUGCGGUGGCAGCGAAGAAAACGCCAGUGAAGAGUGUGAAACCGAAGAGUGUAAAGUCUCCGGCCAAAAAGGCUACGGCCAAGAGAGGGGGUAGGAAGUGAGAAAGAGUGGUCGGUGGAGUAGGGUUGUUUUGGGGUUGGUGUUGUGAAGUUCUUUGUCCUCUUGGUGUAGUUGGGGGUUACAGAUGAUGUUCCUAUAACAGAUGAAAUCUGAUUUUAUGAAACCUUUGUUAUUUCCCUUUUUAGUUUUGAUUUUUUUUUUGGUUCGACCUAGGAAGUAGAUAAAAACAAUGUUUCUAGCUAUGCCUUUCAGCUAAAUGAGUUAAUCAUAAAAUGUAUCUUAGAGUGUGAGGUUUCUUUGCGUUAUAGUACCUUUGAUGGAUCAAUGUAGUAUAAGCACCUUUUUCACAUGAAUGGAUUUGUAGUAUAUGCUUUCUGUGUA